AUGACAGACACAGACAUUCAACCAUUCACCAUCUCCGUCCCGGAGUCUGAGCUGUCCGAUCUCAAGACGCGUCUAUCUCUGGCGCGGUUCCCCGACGAGAUCGAAGGUGCGGAAUGGGACUACGGCGCUCCUCUGGCCGACGUCAAGCGCCUGACGGGUCAUUGGAAAGACAAGUACGACUGGCGUGCGGCAGAAAGCAAACUCAACGCCCUCCCUCAAUACACGACCGAGAUCCGAUGCGACGGGUUUCCGGAGACUUUGCGCAUCCACUUCAUCCAUUCAAAGUCGAGCAGAAAAAAUGCCAUCCCACUUCUCUUCGUCCACGGUUGGCCGGGGAGUUUUAUCGAAGCGACAAAGAUCUGGAAGGAUUUGUCGUGUCCUUCCACGGGCACGAGUACGAGCGGCGGUGGUACGGCCGGAGGAGUUUCUGACGACGAAGACGAUGCACCUGCGUUCCACUUUGUCGCUCCGUCCCUACCCAACUACGGCUUCUCGGACGGUGUCAAGGCCAAAGGGUUUGGGAUUUCCCAGUACGCCGAGACCUGUCACAAGUUGAUGUUGAGGUUGGGUUACGGAGAGUACGUCACCCAAGGAGGUGAUUGGGGGUACUACAUCACUCGAGCCAUGUCACUCUUGUACCCCGAGCAUUGCAAAGCGACUCACGUCAACAUGGAUCAAGGGAACGCCCCCGGUUGGACCAGUCAUCCUUUUUUGGCUUUACAGCAUGCGGUGACGCCCUACACCGACGCAGACAAAAAAGGCAUGGCCAGGACGAAAUGGUUCACCGAACAGGGGUCGGGUUACCGAGCUUUGCAAUCCACGAAGCCACAGACUCUGGGUUACGCGGUCGCCGAUUCUCCCGUUGCGUUGUUGGCUUGGAUCUAUGAGAAGUUGCACGACUGGACCGACUCUUACCCUUGGACCGAAGACGAGGUUUGUACUUGGGUCAGUAUUUAUUGGUUCUCGACGGCCGGUCCGGCCGCCAACAUGAGGAUUUACUACGAAGCCACUCACGCGUGGGGUGACUCGUCUUCGAAGGUGACGAGACAAGGCUUGGUGGGUUAUAUCGGUGGUGGUGUCAAGUUGGGUUUGAGUCAUUCCCCCAAAGAACUAAGGGUGUUGCCCUCGAGUUGGACGAGAACACAAGGUGACGUGGUUUUCGAGAGGACACACGACGGUGGUGGACAUUUUUUCGCCUGGGAGAAACCUCGACAUUUGAUCGAGGAUGUCAGGGACAUGUUUUCUAGAAAAGGUGGUGGUGCGUAUGGGGUCGUCAAAGGUUUGGACGGGUACGAUUAGCAUGUGACUGGUAGGUAUAGAUAUCUGUCUCAGGUAUAUAUCUGGCCAUGGUGGAUCUUUGGCACGAAAUGCUUCUUCUUUUCUCAACUUGUCACUCU